AUGCGUCAGCUUCCCUAUGUCUCGAGUUCUGCUAAGGCCUCAUCUCUCAUCCACCCUGUGAUGAAAGUGGUCCACAGGAUCGUUGCUUCACUUGUCGUCCCUAGAAAAGAAAGAAGCACCAUUAGCGCCCUUGAGCUCAAAAUACUCUAUGCGAUGGCCCACCCAGACGAUAAUCUCAUUCCUCACUAUGGCUCAUUCCUUUGUAACAAAUUCACCUUCCUCAGCACAUCACGGUCCGGAAAAAUAACUUGUGGUGGCAUUGUCAGUUUAUUGGCAAAAAGUGCUCCAGUUCGGGUCCCAUACCCCGAAACUCACCAACCCCUACCCGAUGAGACCUACCUGACCACAGGAGUUCUAGAAUCUAUGAGAAUGUUCCGGGAGGAGGACGGGAACCAUAAUUGGACUGUGGGUCAAAACCACGAUCCAAGGCUACUCAUCACCCCAAAGAACAAAGACAUCCUUUCCCUCAGGUGUCCUAAUAAUUUCACCGACUGA